AUGGUGUGGAUUCUGGAGUAUGCUGAUAACCAGAUCAGGUGUCCCUGCCUUGAAAUUGGCAAUGGCCAUCAGAGAAAACUGAGGAAGGUGAGGAUAGUGACAGUGUCAGCUGGUUUACUAGAAAGCAGUACAAGGCUAAAACCUCAUGAAGCUCAAAGCUACAGAAAGAAGGCAUUGUGGGUUUCCUGGGUCUCCAUUAUUGUCACACUGGCUCUUGCAGUGGCUGCUUUCACUGUCUCCGUAAUGAGAUACAGUGCAUCAUCAUUUGGAUUUGCUUUUGAUGCUACCCUGGAUGUUUUGUCAUCGGCAAUAGUUUUGUGGCGUUACAGCAACGCAGCUGCUGUACAUUCUGCACACAGGGAGUACAUGGCUUGUGUUAUCCUGGGUGUCAUAUUCCUUCUGUCAUCUAUAUGUAUUGUGAUCAAAGCCAUCCACGAUCUUGCGAAGAAGGUGCUUCCAGAAGUGGAUGAUUUUCUGUAUAGUGUCUCUGUUUUAAGUGGAAUCCUUUGCACUGCCUUGGCAGUAAUCAAGUUUAUGCUGGGAAAGGUCCUUACAAGCAGAGCGCUGAUAACCGAUGGUUUCAACUCUCUUGUAGGUGGAAUAAUGGGAUUUUCCAUCCUUCUUAGUGCAGAAGUUUUUAAACACAAUUCUUCUGUCUGGUAUCUGGAUGGCAGUAUAGGAGUUUUAAUUGGACUUACAAUAUUUGCCUAUGGAAUCAAGUUGCUCAUCGACAUGAUCCCCCGCGUCAGGCAGACGCGCCACUACGAGAUGUUCGAGUGACGCUGGCGCCCUCCCCGCUGCCAGGACUGCCCCUGCAGCGCCGGGCACGGCCAGCGCUGCCCUGGCACUUCACUGGACGUGCAGUUUGUUUCCCGUGGUCUGUUUUCGCUCAGUUCGUUUUAAUGGGAAAUCUCUCUGUACAAUUUGCAUAUGUGCACACUGUUUGCGGCUCAGAGAAACAGCCGCGGGUUUUUCCCAAGUAUGCUAUUGGUUCCUGUGACAAUAGAAAACAUGCAGUUUGCAGUUUUCACCCAGCUGCCAUGGUGUAUAUUCCAGCGUGAAAGUGUUCUCAUGGUGUGAUAAGCCUGUGG